AUGGCCUCUAAGCUAUACCUCGGCUUUUUAUGGGUUAUAACACUGUUCAGAGGGCCUCAGGCUAGUAAAAUAUGCGACUUGGUCGACACUGCUAUACCCGAUCGGAUCUCGUACCCGGCUAGUGCGAGCUAUGUUACUGCACAGUCAUCAUAUUAUUCCGCCCAUGAGAGCGAAAUCCGACCAGCAUGUAUACUUACACCCGAAAGCCCAAAGGAGGUGUCGAGAUUUGUGGAGCUUGUUACCAGACAGGCCGCGAAUAGCCCCAGAAGCCAUCCGGUCGCAAAAUUUGCGAUUAGGGGUGGUGGACACGCUGUGUUUGCGGGAGCGGCAAACAUUGAGAGUGGUAUCACAGUUGAUAUGCGUGCUUUGAGCUCAGUAUCACUGAGUGAUGACCGCAAAACCGCAACAAUCGGUGCUGGUGCUAUUUGGAGUGAGAUAUAUCCUCAGCUUGUUCCAUACAAUGUGACUGUUAUGGGCGGCAGAGUGGCGGGUGUAGGAGUCGGGGGGGUUCCUUACUGGAGAGGAUGGGCUGACGAGGAUGAAGGUGGUAUAUCCCAUUUAUCACGACGAUACGGUUGGGCCUGCGACAAUGUCUUGGGAUAUGAAGUCGUGCUUGCCAGUGGUGAAAUCGUUUAUGCAACGGCCAGUUCGCACCCUGAUCUUUGGAUUGCGCUCAAAGGGGGUUCCAUAAAUUUCGGCAUCGUCGCUCGUGUGGAUGUCGUGACUCGUCCACUCGGGGCAAUGUGGGGAGGUACCUUGAUCUUCGAGUAUUCUCCAAUACUUCUUGACACACAGGCCAAGGCAUUCAGUGAAUUUAUGUCUCCCGAAAACUUCGAUGACGCGGCAGAUAUGUUUGUUGCUCUAUUCUUCAUUAAUCCCGGUGGUAUAUAUGCCGCUGGCAACGUUUUAUACUAUGGAGAGCCCAUUGCCAAUCCACCAGUCUACCAACCAUUCUCAUCUAUUCCGUCUCCGCUUGUCAAUACAUUGCGCACAACAAAUGUCAGCGACCUAUCAACGGAGCAGGCAAGUAGACUUCCAGUGGGAAGUGAUCGUGCCAUUAACAUGGUCUACUCAUUUAAAAAUGCUGCCGCCUCCGUGUAUUCCGAAAUCUUUGAGACAUGGGAGUCCGCCACUCGGGAUUUAGCCCAUAUUGAAGGACUACAGUUUGUCUUGUUGCUUCAACCUCAUCCAGUCUCAGAUGGACGGAACUCCCUUGGGCUGCCUCCCGGUGGAGAGGAUAUUGUGAUGUCAGUCAUAAUCGUGUCAUAUUCCAACACAGCGGAUGACAAAAUCGUCCGAAAACGCCUAAAGGAAGUAUUCAACCAACAUGAAGACAUUUUGCGACGAGGAGGCUAUUUUAUCCCCUGGAAAUAUCUGAACUAUGCCGACAAGUUGCAGGAUCCAAUCGGCAGCUACGGCCAUGACAUUAAAUGCCGACUGCAGGGGGUGAGCAAAAAGUAUGACCCAAAUGGGCUUUUCCAAACGAUAGUACCUGGAGGAUUUAAGUUGUUUCAAGAGGAAAUGGAGGUGAUUGAGAUUAAUGAGAGAGAUCAUCACUCUGAGCUCUAA